AUGGGUAACUCGUUAAGCACAGAAGCCAAAUUCAUUGCUGAUAUUCAGUCUGAGUUAAAAGCCAGACGCGUAGAAGUCUCCAAACAAAAUCUCUAUAAAUUUUUUGCCCUCGUUCAUGAGGUCUGCCCUUGGUUCGUCCUCACAGCGCCCCGUAUUGCCCAGUCCACUUGGAAAACUGUUGGCCAAGAAUUAACCUCCUUUUGUAAUCAAAAGGAUGACCUCCCCCAUAAAAACCUUAUUCUGCAAUAUUGGCAACUUCUUCAGGGAAUUAUUGUCGAUGCUCCUUUCUUCCCCGCCUGCUCUCUUGCUGUCCAAGAAGCCCAGAAAGCACUGGACUCUGCGUCCCGCACCUCCACCCCUUCUCUUUCCCCUACCAGCUCUCAUUCUGAUCUUACCAAGCCUCCCCUGCCUUCUCCUUAUACUGUUAACCCCUCUCUCUCUCCUACACCCACUGCGCCCCCUCUGGACACUCUCCUUCGGAACAACCCCUUUCUGACUCUCUUCCUGCCUCUGACCCCGCUCCCCCCCUGCUCCCUCCUGCUGAUCCCGGAGCCACUGACCCCGCCCCCCCCCCCGCUCCCUCCUGCUGAUCCCGGAGCCCGGUCCCGCCGCCCUCACACGAGAUCCCAAAAUCCCCGCGACCCCUCACCUUCUUCCUUUGGCGCUGCCGCGCCUCCGCCUGCGACUCUCUCUCCCCCACCUGCUAAUCCUGAUUCCCCGUCCUCCAUUCCUGAGGCACCUCUCGCCGCGCCGCCCGCCCAGCCCGCCCCACCUUUGGUCUAUCAGCAAUAUAUUGAAUAUCAAGCCAUGAAUCGAAAAGACCUCCAGGAGCUCAUGAAAUCUGUCCGUGACUACGGAGUCCAAGCUCCUUACACCAUUACGUGUUUGGAGACGAUGUCCUACGGUGGUGCUAUGUACCCUCUUGAAUGGCGCCUAGCUGCCCGUAGCGCCCUUAAGCCCGAACUUUUUGUUUUGUGGGAGGCGGAAUUCACCAAUAACUGUAAAGACCUUGCUAAGGAUGAUAAGCGUUAUUUUCAACAACUCUCCGGUUCUGAGCCUUUUCAUUCCAUCGAACUACAACAACUCAUUCCCUUCCCUAUCCUCACUAACACCUCUCAGGCCGCCAUGAAAGCGUGGCGUGCUCUCCCUCGCUCCUCUGCCCCCUCUGAACCUCUCUCUUGCAUCCAGCAAGGUGCUGAUGAGCCCUAUCACGUAUUCAUUUCCCGCCUCCUUGAGGCCAUUGAACGCACUGCGGAGUAA